GUCAAGUCGCAGCCAUCACAUCACAACGAAUCUUCAUUCUGAGCAGUUCAACAGCCAGCAGCCGCAAACUCCCUCACAUUCACCAUGAAAUACACUUUGGUUUUAUUCAGCAUUGUGGCUUUGAUUUUCUUCGCCUCAGUGCAGGCCUUCGACAAAGCAGAUUGCGCCUUGCCCAAAGAGGUUGGCCCAUGUCGCAAAUCGGACUUGUCCUACUACUAUGACAGCGAAAGCAAGGCCUGCCAGGAAUUUUUCUAUGGCGGCUGCCACGGCAACAACAACCGCUUCACCACCAAGGAACAGUGUGAGCAGGCUUGCAAGUAAGCCAAGGGGGCGGGGGACGGAAAUGACCGCUCUCGAAUUCGCUUAGCUUUAACAAAUCCGUGUUGCCAUUUUUUGUUAUUUCGUAAUUGAUAAGCUUGUAUUAUAAACCUUGUUUGCUCAUUGACUGCAAAUACAAAUAAAAACUAUUGAUAUGUGUUUGUUUAUGACAAACGAAAAAAAAAUCAACCUCAAA